AUGGCGCAAACAUCGGAACCCUGUGUCCCUGUGCACUGUUAUACCAAUCCAUCGUUUUGUCGACAAUCGGAAUACAUUCCUGACGAUAGAGAAAAUCUACCACCACCUCCGCAAUUUCAAUGUAACGCCAUUGACGAAUUACCACCACCCCCGCCACCCUUGCAAAUGCAUUUGCAAUGCGGCCAGAGUAAUCCAGCGUUCCAAGGUAACAACGAGACGCGAUUGGAUGGACAAACAAUAGACAGACAAGUAGAAAGACAAAUGGAAACUUUAGAUAACAGAGAACAUAACAGACGAUAUUGUUAUUUGGAAGAUAACAAUAUUGGUCCACCAACUCACAAAAGAUACGCGAGUCUUCCAAUAGAUGAUCGUGGUUCAAUAAAUUAUGGACAAUCCACGAGAUACGAAUACAUUCAGGACGAGCAAAGGGGUCAAUUGCAAAGAAGGCCUUCCAUCAGGUACGAGUUCAUUCCGCGCCAGCAGGUGCAACGGCAACGUUCCGCGCUGCCGGUCAACCAAGACGAUAAACGACAAAGGGGCCGCCUGCAACAAACGCAUACCAACCGUAACAAUGGUGAAAGAAGAUACGCGAUUGUACCGGGUGAGUUAGAUUACCCUGACGAAAUCGACGACAAUGUUAACAUUGACAAUAAUGAUGAUGACAACGACAAUGACGAGGAAGACAUUACAAGGAACACUUGGAAUGGAAACAGACGAAUUUCCCGACGAGGUAGCGUUAACACUGUUCAAGGUCGUUACGCGAGAGUACCAUUGCAAGAUGAUGAACCACCCCCAGCCCUACCUGAAAGGAACCUUCAACAAGAAUAUUCAACGUCACCUAGGAAUAAUCUAGCAACGAGAAAACUUCACGAAAUAUUAACGACACCGCGAAAACCAAGGUCUAGAUCGGAGGAACGAACCCUAUCUCCGAAAAGGCAACAGACCGUGAACCAAACCGGUACGCCACAAAGGAGAGCCCUAACCCCGGCUGGAUCCCCAAGCAGUCAUAAUUUCAGUCCGACACGUACGACACCUCAAGGAACACCACAGAACCGAACGUUUCCAGCCAAUGGUCCUCAAACUUCGACACCUAACAAAGAACCUUCAGCUAGGAGGUGUCUACCCCUAAUCGAAAACACUUCUAGACAACAACAGGAUAUUUGUCCAGCCAGUAAUUGUGGUAGACUUCGUUACAUUGGUACAGCUCCGGUUGAUCUUGCAUCUAUGGUUCACGGAGAACCACCACCACGUUAUGGUUAUCUAGAAAAUGGUCCGGAAUCUAUGCCAAUGGUGUCUGGUUCUCCAAGGUAUCAAGUACUUCCAACCGAUCAAAAGAGAAAUGGUUAUCAGAGCGUGGAAAGUGCGUUCAUUGCUAGGACCGCUGUUGUACCACCAUUAUCUCCACCACAUAGCGAUGUUAACACAACAUUGGCAAGUGCAUUGGAAAAAAAUGAUCGAAGAAAUGCACCUCUCUUGUUGGUCUUGGUUGGAGUUUUAACCUGUGGCCUGGCAUUUUAUCUUUCUUGGACCCAAGGAAGAAAAUAUUAUUUCGAUAGUGCCGCUGGUUGUGGUGUUUGUUGCGCACUGGCAGGUGCUUGUAGAAGUCUAAGAAGAACCUGGACCGGAUUAGGUCUCGCAGGACUUUCCGCAUUAAGUUGUGCAGGACUUUUGUUACUAGCUGCUAAAUCACCCAGACCAGGAACUCCUUUACACGAUAUAACAGCUGGUGCAUUAUGCGGAGUUUCACUUUUGGGUGCAUGUUUAGCUCUUCUUGCUGUGUUAACCCCAAAGUGUAAUUUAGGAAGACACAGGAGAGUACAUUCUUGGAUACCACGAUUGUCACCUUGA